CGUAGUGCAGCGGUGGUGGUGGGCGACGACGUCUCUGAUUGGUCAGAAGCCAAAAUUCCAUUCCAGAUUCCCACCCAUGGCCGCCGCCGCCGGCGACGACGCGCCCGCGGGGCUCUUCUCCGGCGUCUGGUCCCGCCUCCACGCCGCGGCCUCCGUCUGGCGCCGCCGGGGCCAGGCCUCCCGCGACGGCGAGGGGGAGGAGGAGGAGGAGGAGGAGUCCACCGUGCGGUCGCGCCUGGCGAGGCGGGCCGCGGCGGCGCGGCGGGUCGGACGGAAGCUCGCCUUCGUCUCCUUCAACCUCGAGGUGCUGGUAUUCGUUUACGCGUUCUGGAGGGCGAGGAGGCGGAGUCUGACCUGGAGGCAGCCCAUCCAGGUGCUGCCCGUGCUCGCGGUCCCUGCUCUCGCCACGCUCAUCUACGCCGCCUUCGUCCGCUUCACCAGAAUGCUUGACCUCAAGGACAAUAGAACGCUUGAAAGACUUCAAGAGGACAAGCAUCAAGCUGAUGGUGAACCAAGGGAGUCAGUUGACCUCAAGGACAAGGAAACGCUUGAAAGACUUCAAGAGGACAAGCAGCGAACUGAGUGUGAACCAAGGGAGUUUGACCGGAACAACCAAAACAAUGUCCAGAGCUGUGAUGAUGUGGACGAUGCUAGUAAUUCUCUGGUUGGAACUGAUUCAGCGGCACAAACUGCUAAGCUUAUGAAACAUCGCCAGUCGAGCAUUAAGCAUAGAGAUGAUGGUGGAGCAGAUAUGGCUUGGGGUCAUAGCAAGGACUUCCAGCCAGCACCCUCGGGUGGACUAAGGAUGAGAAGACUGUCAAGUUCAAAAACAUACAUGACCAGCAGCAGUUUUGUAGAAAGAAGUGUGGAAAAGACUCAGGAAACGCCAUCUGUCUCUGCACAUUUAGAUCAGCAUGUCCAUGUCCCUAUUUCCACUGAAGAUACUAUUCCGUAUCCUUUCGAUGAUUGCCGCAGCAUGCAUGCUCAACCUGCAGAUACCCCUCAAGAAUUGUCUGAAGGAGAUGGUGACGAAGAAGGGUUUGAUGGAAUAUGGGACAUUGUGGAAACUCGUUCCAAUUCCAGCAAGGAGAAUCCCAUAUCUCCAGUUGGUUCUCAUAAUAAUUUUUAUGACGGAGACGAUUCACGCUCCCCUGCAUCUUCACCAGACGACUUUGUUGCUCAUAAUAGCUUAAAUGACUUCAGCCCUGACUUGUCUGGUCUGGUACUACCUGCAUCAGAAACCUUGAAAAUGUUGCCUCCAGAAAGUGUCAGGGAGGAAGCAUUGCUUGAUCCGCACAAGUCAGAAGUGUUGCAUAUGUAUUCUUUGAGUCCAAAGGAGAGCCCUAGUCCGUAUGCAGUCAAUGAUAAGAAGUUGCCAAUCAGUCCUGACAUGGGGACCUAUUCAGAGUUGCUUGGUGAGGGAGUCGAGGAGACAGAAUCGUCCAUGUUCCGUAUACCAGAGGAAAGUAUGCCGCCCUUCAUCUCAGAGGAGGUUUUACUGUGCCCACCUGCAGCCAGUAAUAUCGAACAUUGCUUGGGGACUCCAGAGUUCUCUUUGUGCGGUCAAGAGACUGAAAGAGUUGAAGUUGUUGGAAGUGCCAGCUUUACUAAUGACAGUCCUGAGUUAAUCUUCUUAUCCUCUCCAGAGUUAGUUGUGGAGAGUGCUGAGGAUGCCAUUGAGAAAGAAUUAUGUGAAUUAAACACAAAGGAGGAGAAUGCUAUUCUCAUCAGUAUGGAGGAGGAACCUUUGCAAGAUCCACUCAUAGUCAGUACUAAUACUAGUGAACAAUGCUUGGAAACUUCAGAUGCCUCUUUAUGCAUUCAAGAUGGCAAUGCGAGGGAAGUUACUGGAAUUAUAAACUUUGUUACAGCCAAUCCUGAAUUAAUGCACUCAGCAUCUCCAGAGUUACUUGCAGAAGGUGACGAUGACUUAAAGGAGGAUAAAGCAUCUGACUUGCACUUAUUGGAGCAGAACGGCCUACCUUUAAACAUCGAAAAGCAACCUAUUCUGGAUUCACUUGUAGCUGAUACGGCCGAGGACGUUGAGAUAACAGAAGUUCGUGAUGUUGUCAAGGAAGGUUUGUUUGAAUCAGAAGGCGAGGAAACAUUUAGUCAUCGGAUGCUUGUUGCAGCUUCUUCAAAUGGUGAUAGUAACACUGAAAUUUUGAUAACUGACUCAAUUGGUGUUCAAUUUAUUCCAAACGGCGACAUAAAUGAUGCCCUUGAAGGUGGCCAGGAAGCAUUUUCUGAGCCACUAUACCAUGGCACUCACCAUUCUGAAGGAAUGUUCUUAUCUUCAGGGGACAUCAAUAAUGACGAAGUCUAUUCUUUGACUCCAAUGGAGAGCCCUACUUCGUAUGCAGUCAAUGACAAGGAACUACCGAUCAUUCCUGAUGUGGAGAUCUAUCCAGAGUUCUCUGUAUGCGGUCAAGAGACUGAGAAAAUGGAAGUUGCUGGAAGUGUCAGCUUUAUGAAUGUCAGUCCUGAGUUGAGCUUCUCAUCUUCUCCGGAGUUAGUUGUGGAGGGUGCUGAGGAUACCAUCGAGAAAGAAUUAUGUGAAUCAAACAGAAGGGAGGACAGCGGUAUAUUCAUCAAUAUGGAGGAGGAAGCUUUGCAAGACCCACUUACAGUCAGUGCCAGUACUGUCGAACAAUGCUUGGAAACUUCAGAUGUCUCUUUAAGCAUUCAAGAUGCCAAUCCUAAAUUGAUGUACCCACCAUCUCCAGAGGUACUUGGAGAAUAUAAUGAAGAAUUCAAGGAGGAUCAAACGUCUGACUCGCACAUACUGGAGCAGAAUGGCCUACCUUUUAAUUUUGAAAAGGAACCUAUUCUGGAUUCACCUGUAGCUGAUACUGCCGAGGACGUCGAGAUAACAGGGGUUCAUUAUGUUGUCAAGGAAGGUUUUUCUGAGUCAGAAGGCGAGGAAGCAUUUAACUAUCAAAAGCUUGCUGUCACAGAUUCGGAGGAUGAUAGUGACACUCAAAAUUUGAUUAUUGAUUCAAUGCCAGUGAAAUUCAUUCCAAACAGCGACCUAAAUGAAGUUCUUGAAGGUGGCCAGGAAGCAUUUUCUCAGCCACUACGCCAAAGCACUCGCCAUUCUGAAGGAAUGUUCUUAUCUUCAGCGGAGAUCAAUAAUGAUGAAGUCUAUUCAAGCAACUCAAAUUCAUAUGCUAAUGUGGUGGAAGAUGCUGCACCCUCUGAAGGACUUUCUAAGUUUGAAGAUGAAAUGUCUAUUGCUUCUUUAGAUACUCCCAUCUGCCUGGAUGAGGUUAAAAGUGCAGCUAUUGUUGACAUUGAUAUAGUCAGUCCUAAACUGAGCCUUCAACCAGAGCUGCAUGAUGUGGGAGUUGAGGAGAAUGAAUUGUCCAAGUUCCAUGUACCAGAGGAAAUCAGAACACCCUUCAAUUUGGAGGAGCAAGUUUUGCUAUCCCCAGUUGCGGUCAAUAAUACUGAAUACUGCAGGGAGACUCAGGAGUUCUCUUUGUACAAUCAAGAGAGUGAGGAAAGGGAAGUUGUUCAAAGUGUCAGCUAUAUUAAGGUCAGUCCUGAGUCGAGCCUCUUAUCCUCUCCAGAGUUUGUUGGGGAGGGUGGUGAGGAUGCUAGGGAGAAAGAAACACGCGAAUUAAACACAAAUGAGGAGAAUGAGACACUCAUCAAUUUGGAGGAGGAACCUUUGCAAGCUGCGCCUGUGGUCAGUACUACUGAUCAGUGCUUGGAAACAUCAGAGUUUUCUUUAUCUAGUGAAGUUCCCAAGACAACGGAUGUUCCGGAUAUUGUUAGCUUUGUUACAACCAGUCCUGAAUUAAACUACUCUGCAUCUUCAGAGUUACUUUCAGAGGGGGACAGGGACUUACACGAGGAUGAAACGUCCGACUUGCACUUACAUGAGCAGAAGGCCCUAGCUUUUAAUUUGGAGGAGCCUUUUCUGGAUCCACUUGUAGUUGAUACUGCUGAAGAUGCGUUAGUUACAUCAGAACUUUUGAUACGUAGUGAAGAGGUUAAGAUGACAGAAGUUCAUGGAGUUGUCGAGGAAGUUUUCUCUGAAUCAGAAGACGAGGCAGCGUUUGAUCAUCGAAACCUUUUUCUUGCCUCUCCAGCUGAUGAUAGUUCCGCCCAAAAUUUGACAAGUAAUUCAACAUCUGCCCAGGUAAUUCCAGACACGAGUGUAAAGGAAGCUUCUCAAGCUGGUCAGCCAGCAUUGCUUGAGUCACCACACGAAAGCACUUGUCAUUCUGAAGGAGCAUUCUUAUCUUCAGGUGAGGUCAAUCAUGAUGAAGUGAAAGUCGAAGCACCAUUUGCUGGUCAGGAAGGACUUCCUAAGUCUGAAGAUGAAAUAGCUUUGACUUCUCUAGAGACUUCCAUCUUGCUCGAUGAGGUUACAACUGCAGAAAAUUUGACGGCCAACUCUGGACCUUCUCAGUCUAUCCCAGACAGCAACGGUUUUCAAUCUCUUCACAACCAGGAACAAGCUCCAUCUGAAACACUACAGGACGUUAAUUUUCUUAUCGAGGGAAGUCACACAUCCUCAGAUGAGGGCAUAAACUCUGAAAUAUUUUCGCUCUAUUCCAGGUCAUCUUCAUGUGUUUCAGAGAUCAACAUGCUGGAAUCUCUCAGAAGUGGAACAUCUUCUGAACCAGAAAAUGAUCGUGGUUUAAGCUUUGAUGAGAGGAACCGUGUGAUAUUUCACAACCUGCACAGUACAGAAAAUUACACAAACAAUCCAGCGACUGCUGAAUCUAUCCUGGAGACCAACAUGAUUGAAACUCUUAAUAUUGCUGAUGAAACAACUGCUGGUUCACCGCACGAAGUUUCUUCAAACUUUCUGGACUCUUUUGUAGCUCCAGAUGUAAUCAAUGGCAUGACACAAUCAGAUCAACACUUGGACUUAUCAUCCUCUUCAUUUGCUCCAGUGGUUGAUGCAUUUGAAACAUUGCAAAGUGGUCAGGUUUUUUCUGAGCCUCAACUUGAAAAUGAUGUUACGUUUGAGCAGACCCAAAUGUCCCCUAAGGAGGUUGACGAUGCUGAAAACUAUUUCACCAAUACAAUUGAUGAUCCUCAAGAUAGUGAGAGAACAUCAACUGUAGCUUUGGAAGAUGAAGAUGAUUUAACUCUUCAUAAGGCUUACAUGUCUCCUGAAGAUAUCAGCGAAGUCAAAAAUUCUUUGGCUGAUGAUUAUGCUUCAGAUCUUCCUCACAUGCCAGAGAACCACUGCUUCAGCGAAAAAGUAUCACCUGACUCUCAGGACCCCUUAAGUUCUGAGGAGAUUUUGGUUCAUCCAGAGGGUUUGAAAACUGAAAAUGAUUUAGACGGUGUAAAGUCAUCCUUGUAUUCUACAGAGGCCAACUUGGCUGAACCUUGUGGCAUUGCUCACGAAGGAACUCAGCAACAAGAUGAAACCAUGUUGGGUUUUGAGGAAGCCAAUUCUGAAGAUCACUGUGACAAUUCAGGGUCCCUAGAUAUUCCAGAUGUCACUGUGGCGGAGAGUCUUCAAGCCGCAGAGAGAUCGUCAUCUGAGAUACUUUACGAUGGCAUGUUCAGUUUCGAGGGGACGUUAAUAUCUCUAGAUGGUGAUGACAAUGCUGAGGAUUUUCCUAACAAUUCAGGUUCUGCUAUGCAUACUGCACAGACCGAUACAACAAGUCUCCCUGGUCUUCAAGAAGGGUCUUUCAAGCCAGAAGAUGAAAAUGCAGUUAAUUCUAUCUCCCCGUACGAGGUUGAUACUGAAGAAUCAAGUAGCUCAAAUCGUGGUAAUUCCAGCUCCGCUUCAUCUCGUAAUGGCAUCAGCUUCAUGGAGGCUCCCCAGCCCCAGGAACUGCCUAUAGACGCUGGAAGGAAAAAAGUUUUCCUCAAGGAUAAGGAACCAAAAGACGGUGAAUCUGAGGACAUGAAAGAGGCUGCCAAAGAUUUGGACGACGACCAUGAGGUGAGUAGCACUCCCUCAGAUGCUGCUUUGAACUUGUAUCUUCUUUGUUGAGAGGAAACCAGUAGUUACAAUCAGUCAUAGCACUGGGAGCAGUAAUGUAUCUGAGCUAGCUGAUUUGCAGUACACCGAGUCGGUUGAUGGUGAUACUGAAACUCUUAGUGCUCCUCUACCUUCAUCUGCUGCAACAGAUAUUUGAAGCAGGUUAAAUGAUAAAGCUGCACGUGUUUCAGUAGAAUGGUCAACUGCUGAAUAACCUCACAAGAGCAUCUAACAGCUUGCAACUGGAGCUGGUUCUGUUGUGCUUUUUGUAAAGCUUCUAAUACUGGAGAAGUGCAGAUUGGAGAUUGUUCUUGUUAGUUUUGUGUGCUCAGAGGACGACGGAAAGAAGUCCAAUACAUGGAGUUUUUGUACAAAGUAAUACGGGAGUUCUCAAAAUCAUCAUCUUGAGGUGAAAAAUCGGAAUCGCCUCUGAUAGAGUUGCUUGCGCUUGGAGUGGAAAUGCCCUAGUUCUUGCCUUUUGCCAUCAAGAAUCUAGGAUUUGAUGAAAGACAAGGCUAUCUUUCAUUGUUUUGUCUCUCUUUGUUUUUUAGUUUGGGUUGAAGUUGUAUAGUUCUGUAUAUCUGGGUAAAUAUACUGCCAGCAGUAGCCCAUGUAUAAUAUGUCAUAGUGUGAUAUUCUUUAGGCAGUGGUACUUUGCAUGAGUGCCUCAUUUGGUGCCUUUUUUUUGUAUGAGUUGAAGGGUAUUAAAGCAUUGCAAUUUUACAACAGAAGUUUCUGUUUUGAUUUUGGUAAUGAGUAAAAGCGAGAGAUUCUUCCUGUGCACUUCAAGUUGGUACAUCUAAUAUAUUACUUCUAGCAA